GAUAGAUUGUUCCAGAGCCUCGGGGUCCUGACAGCAAACACUGUGUCCUCUUAAAUUUUCUGCCUGGCCUCUGGAACAGACAAAAGACCUCUAAAUAAAUUCUUAUCUUGAGUUAAAGACUAAGUAGGGAUAUGGAAAUAUCUGAUCAAACAAGUAAAUUAGCCUAAAAAUCAACACACAAACUUUUAGUACUUGACUCUUUGGUGGUCGAUGAUAUUAUCAAGCCCCCAGGAACUGUGCUGGGCUUUGAAAUCAGUUUUACACAGUGACAAAAUGUGGAAUUAUAACUUCUGGGUCCAUCAUGUGAUGCCAUGGGGCCCAAAAAGACUUUUUCCUAUACACUUACAUUGUGAAAGAGACGUCUGUAAAUCAGUAGAUACAUUUUUGGCAUCACAAACCUGCAAAAUGACUCCUGUCACUAUCAGGAUUUGAUCCAUUGAGUCCGAUAACAUUUCAAAAGUCUAGAGGAGGUGCACGAUUAAAUAAUUUUAUUCAAGUUAUCAGAGGGCUACACGUGUCACUGAGCAACUUAAUGGAGGACGACAUCCAACACACAUGGCAGUGGCUUCAUUUUUGUAUAGUGGCAGGAAGUACAGACAUGAUGUCUAUAAUUAUAUACAGUCAUUGGUUGAUCGUUUUAAUACCCAGUUGUAAUGAAGGUAAUUUUCUGACAUUUUAUUCCUGGUUGAAUCAAUGUUAAGACCUUCAUGUUGGGGGACAAAUACAUACGAGCAGUUAACAGAAUAAAUUAAAUAUGAAAGAUCCAAAUAAUUAAAGGCUUGGGUUGUGGAUACACUUCCACUGGAAUGUGAACAAAGGAAAUGACAGCCUGUCUAGCUUUGGAGAGACUGGCAUAUAUUCUAAAAAAGAAGACAAGAACUUUGUCCGUUUGUGAAGCCCUUAUAUGGACUUCUUGGCAACUUGUGAUUUUGAAUAAUUUGAGGCUUUUUGCAAAUUAUGCACAGCUGUGAUUAUAUUUUAUGUUAAUUUUUCUUUUAUUUAUUUAUGUACUUUUAUUAUUAUUAUUAUUGUAUUUUAAUUAAUUUUCAUUUAUUUUAUUUUAUUUUUUUCUUGCCAGGGUUAGGGAUAUUAUACUUAUUUUCUUUGUUGAAAUCUUACUGUUCAUGUUGUCCAAUAGCUCAUCAAAAAAAGAUUGUUUAAAAAAAUCAAAGGUUUGGGUGCGUUGGGCGGGACUCAUGACCUCAGUAUUCCUAGAAAUCCUUGCGACGGCACUACUUUCAGGGUGUGACGCGAGUGAAAUUAUUAAUUCAUUUCAUGUGCGGACCACUUAGACUCCUGUAGUUUUGGGAUCUGGAGCACAACAAACCUAAAUCAUACGAUACUGCUUUGUUAACAGUGAUGUGAAGUUCUUAAUUCACUGCAGACAGGAAAUGACUACACUGACUACCAGCCACCAAAUGUCAGAUUUUCUUUGUUUGUGCCCUUUGGCAGCAGUUAAUGUGAAGGUUUAUCAUGUUUAUCUGCAGCUCUGCAGAGAGAGAGGACACAGCUCAGAGAGAGGCAGCUGCACUGACUGUGAACUCACUGUGUCCCCUUUGUGUCAGCACAGAAAGGAGGCUUUAUUUGCUGCUGGCCUGGACAGAAAAAAAUUUAAUUAGGGUUAGGGUUAGACUAUUGUCACUGACUUCCAGUGAAGAAGCACAGACAGUAAUGGCCACACGCAGCAUCCUACGUGCUGGAAGAUUUUUCCCUUGGUUGUUUUGGGAUAUUUGUGAUUUAGAUUUUCAGCUGUUUUGCCUUUAAUGUGUUUGUGUAAGCAGCUGUGAGGGCUCCUAACGUCCCUCUCUAGAGACAGCAGUGGAGAGGUUGGAGGUCCCUCGCUCAUCAAUGUCUCUCACUCCGAGUCGGAAGCCCUCCUCAGGUCAGCGCAGGCGCUCGGUGGGCACUGGAGGUGGCAGUGGGCGAUAUUCCCACAGCGAUACAUCCAGUACCCACACGUACCCUGGUCGGAUCAGGGCAGCAGAGGGCAGCCCCGCAGCCCGGACUUAUCCGAGUACACCAAGGCGUCAGGCGAAGCACACAACCUGCAGCGACAACCAUGGCAUCAGGCCGCCGACCCCGGAGCAGUACCUCACACCUCUGCAGCAGAAGGAGGUGUGUAUACGACAUCUGCGAGCCAGACUGAGGGACAAUGUGGAGAGAUUACAACACAGAGACUGUGAAAUAGAUGAGCUGAGGGCCCAGCUGUACAGGAUGCAGGAGGACUGGAUAGAGGAGGAAUGUCACCGUGUGGAGGCCCAGUUAGCUCUGAAAGAGGCCCGCAAGGAGAUCCAGCACCUUCAGGAGGUGGUUGAGACAGUGAGGUCCAACCUGAGUCUCCGUGAACAAGAACCCCAUGAACACAAGCCAUACUCAGGGUUGCAGGGAGCUCGGCCAGGGGGGAAGUCUCGCUCCUGCGGCUGUUCCCCAGCCAGCACUUUGAGCCGCAGCACCGCCCACACCCGAAUGAGCAAUGAGGCUCUGCAGCUGGAGCGCAGCCCCAACGCUCCUGAGGCGAGCAGAGCGUCUUGCACAGCAGGACAAACCCACCUGCUCCUGGAGGCGGCCCUCCUCUCAGAACCGCUGCCGUCACAGGGCCACAUCCGAGGCCCCCCAACUGUGCCGCGCUCUUCCACCUACGAAAGGCUGUGCAGCGGGGGGGCAGUGUUGCCAAUCUCACACUCCUGCCACACUCUCAGUAGCAGCUGCAAGUGCAGUGGCCACACCUACCUCCCCCAUCAUCACUUGUUCCUGCAUUUACCCCAGGAGGAGGCCCCCGUGACAGCGGCGCCUGCUGCUGUCCCUGCUACUGAGCCUAUCCCUAUUCCUUCUCCUGCCGCAGAGAGGAAGCCAGAAGUGCGCUCACAGGCCUGCAGCCCCACCAUGAGCUGGCUGUGUGAGGAGAGCGGUGUCGAGGAGCUGAGUGUCAUUUCUUUAGCCACAGCAGAGGUCACCCCCUCAGAGCCACAUCUAUUUCCAUCGUCUUUACCUGCUGCGUCCCCUCCUGAGCAUUCACACAGCGUAGAGCCGCCCGACAAAUCAGAGCAGGUCACAAAGACGCCAACAGAGCCCCACACCUGCCAGCCCCACCCUACAGCUCCACUCCCAGAGAGACAGGACGCUGUGGCAGUGGAUCUAGGAGAGGACGAUAAAGAUGAACCUGAAGGUACAGACGAAGAUGGGUACCCGCCUCAGCUCUGCCACUGGAGCCGCUACUUUCUUGUAGAUCUGUUAGCUUUGGCAAUGCCAGUGGUCCCAACCAUGGCAUGGCUGUGUCGAGGGGCGCAACGGGAAGUCAUGCCGGUGUAUCAUAUCGGCUCCCUGCUGAGAGGUUGCUGUGCUGUGGCCCUCCACUCACUGCGUCGCCGGGGUGCAGGCAGGGGACGCAGGCCCACCAGCAUGAACGGAACAACACCAAUCUGAGACUCUCUGACAUAAAGAUCACAACUCCCAACCUCUGCAGGCACACCUACGCUGAGUUUCUCACAUUCUGGUCAUUGCCACGUGUUGGGUAUCUCCUCUUUUAAGAUUUCUAGAUUUUACAUAAUGCCCUUGUGAUUCUGUGCUCAUGCCUUGCCUUAGAGAACAAAGGAUUAGUUGUACAUUAUUUCAGUAUUCAGAUAUCCUUACUGCUCCUGCCUGCAGUUUAAGUGGUUUUCUCUUUCUUGGAAUUUGCAUGUAACCCACAGUUUGGUUGGGUUCUCUUGUUUGAAUUAAAAAAAGCCCACCUGGAUAUAGAUGAUAUCCUCCGGGUGAAAAUAAUCAGUUGAUUUCAUGAAACAUGAAAGAGAACUUGUUUGAAGUUGAAUGCUCCUCUAUUUUCAUCAUCAUGUUUUUAAAAAUUGUGAAAAAGGAGACUCACGGUCAAUAAAGUUUCUUUGGCAUCAAUGUCCCACAAAAUCAGAAAAAUAAAUUACAAUCAGAACUUUUCUGACUUUUUCCACACAUAGUUAAUAGAUUUACAGAGCACAUCAAAUGUAGGCAGCAGGCAUCUCCACCCAUGAAAACACUGAAUGUGAAAGCUGUUGGGACUUUUACCUUUUGAGAAGCAUGUGCAUUGAACCCAGCUCUCAGGUGCAGAACAGACAGGUUAUUGAUCUUUUUGCCAAUAAACAAAACAUGGGAGUUUAAAACUGUACAGACUCGAUUUCUUUGAUCCUGUCGGGACUAAAAUCAGUUAUGUAUCAGUGGGCCUCAUGCAGGAAGGGAUAUACAAACAGAUUUUCUUUUAUGUUUGUUUGUCGAUGGACAGCCACAAAAAUGGUUCACAGGCUGGCUGUCCAACCCAGUUGCAUAGGUGUGCAGGUAUCUCCUCUGCCGUCCUCUGUUGGUUGUCCAUGAUUGGACUGACGCAACCAAGAUAAACUUUUUUGUUGCCCUAAGUAGGUGCAGUUUCACAGCAGCUGUAAGACUUUGUUUGUUGGUACUCAUUGAUUUCUGGGAUUCAUCAAUGUUUUUUUAUUUUUGAUGUUCUCUUACAUCAGAGAAAAUUGGGCACUGUUACAGAGAUAAGAGAGAAACAUCUUGUUUUCCGCAGAUCACAAAUUACUUGUCUGAGGCAAGGAGACACAAGUUUUCAUUAAACGGACACAAAAAUAAAAUGCCUUUAUUAUCAUAGAAUCAAAUUUAGAUGAUUAUGUUUUAGAGUCAUAAUGAUUUGAUUAUUAAAUUUGUGGGCUAAAGAAAUACCAUUGCUAAACUGACCUCAAUUAAGAGUACAAAGCCCUGCAUGAUAUUACAUAGCAGCUUCUGAAUGGCUGACAUCCUGCUCUUAGCCGCUUCUUAGAGAACGUGUUUUUACAGAUAACACAGAUGUAUUUGAUGAGAUGGAUGAAUGGCUGCUGAACUGUUUCAAACUGCACUGCUUUUAAAGCCAUUUUCUUUUUCUUUUCAAUUCAGUUACUGUGUGUGGAAUGUAACUAAGUACACUUACUCAAGUACUCUACUUAAGUACAACUUUGACUGAGUACUUUAAUCCCAUGGCACAUUCUCCCUCUACUCCACUACACUUCAGGGGAAAUAUUGUUCCUUUUACUCCACUAUUAUUUGAUCAUUUUAGUUAACAGUUACUUUACAAAUUAGGAUAUUUGUGCACAAACCAUAUGCAAAUAUCCAGAUGAAGCUGAAACAAUUAAUUGAUUGAUUAGAAAAUUAAUAGGCAAAUAUUUUGAUAAACAUUUGUCAUUUUUUAUGCAUGAACAUUUCAUGGUUCCAGCUUCUCAAAGAUGUCACAUACUUGCUGCUUUUCCUUUUAAUAUUUUGAUUUAUUAAAUUAAUUUAAAAUGUUCUGCAUGUAGUGCUUUUAAUUGUAAAACAUCCUUGUACUUACAUUUUCAAUGCAGGUCUUUUACUAUUAACAGAGUAUUUUUACAGUGUGCUAUUAGUACUAGUUUACUAGUUAAGUAAAGGAUCUGAAUACAUCCUCCACUGCUGCUGACACAGCACUAACAGCAUCACAGAUGUUUUGCCAUUGCUGGGUUUAUGAUUUUUCUGUAACGUCAGAACUGACAGUCUGCAAAAUUAGUUUUCAGGGGGGCCUUUUUUUUAUGCCUUUAUUGGACAGGACAGAUUGGGUGUGGGUGGGGAGAUAAGGGGUAUGGCAUGCAGCAGGGGGCCAUGGGCAAGGACACUGCAUUACACAUGGGAUGCCAGCUCUACCCACUGAGCUACAGGGCACCAUGCUUUAAGUUUAUUUUACAGUACAUAUAUUGCAAGUUAUUCUUCUUCUUACAGCUUAUGUUGGUGGCGUCUCUCCAAUUCUUAGGCAUGUGCCAGAGUCUUAUCUAGUGUUUGUGGGGUGUUACCUGUGCUAACAGGGUUAUUAAUGAUAAAGUGGGACUCAUCAUUUAGCACACCUGGGUAAGAGCAGAUUUGGAUGGUUAAAUUAAGAACGUUUGGCACAUCUGAAGUUGUCUUUUUUCUCUUAACAGAAUAUCAAGAGAAAAAUGUAAGAUACGUUUAAUAGAGCUGCUGCAUGAGGCCCAGUGAACCUGAAAAUAAAGGGUAAUAAAACCUGCAGUUUACAUCCUUAAUGUACGUGUUGAAGAUAAAGCUAAACGAGACACAGUGUAGCUCUUCAGCAGGACAACCUUUAUAGCAGUUUGGAUCUAAAAAUAAAGCCUUGAGGUGGGUGUGUGAGCAGGGCAUGAGUAUGCACCUGACUCCCACUGCUCCAGUCCUAAAAUGCUCCGCCUGGUCUCGUACGUACACUAACAUAUUCCUACAAAGGUUAAAACAGAUACUGUAGAUUGUGACCCGCACAGCUGAAUGAAAGAAGGACCUGGAUGAAGAGUUUUGUUAACUGACUUUGUGAAGAGAUUUUGAUACAGUGAUAUAUUUUCUAACUUUUCAUGAUCUUUGCACAGCUGCAGGUGAAGAGUAACACUUUGUGUCGGUGUCGGCUGCUUUCACAGCACUGUCUCGCAGUGUAUAAAAAUGAUGUACUGUAUGUAGUUGUGAACACUCGUCUUACAAGUGGACCUUUGUGUGUCGACUGUAACGGCUCAAUUGUUAACUACAGACUAUGAUGUACAACGUGUGUGGUUACCACUGUCAGCCUUAUUAUGCAAAAAGAGCAAUGUUUAGCUUUCAGGGAUCUCUACAAUAAGGGUUUACUCGCUGUUAAAUGACUCGGCUCACGGCAGAGGAAGCGCUGCAAACUGAAGUGGGAAAUAAAGUCUAAUUUAUCUGUGGUUGGAGCAGCUCAUACUGUAGUGUUUCUUAUUUUUAAUUUGUUAAAGUUCCAGAGCAACUUCAUUUCCUUCAUGUUCUAAAUAUCUCCAUGUGCUUCUCCAUGUGAAUCAUCAGCUUGUACUGCACAUGCAAAAGCAAUGACUUAGUGAUUAAGUAUAAUUGCACAACAGGAUUUUGCAACACACCCUGGAUAUUCCCUCUUCUUGGAAAAUAAAAUAUGCUUCAGUCUGUUUUCUUUUAUUUUCAUAAUGUGCUCCAACAUCAUUAAAUAUCAAUUCAUAAAAAGCAUGAAUAAUAGAGCUUUUUUUUUUAAAGGGACAGUUCACCCCAAAAUCAAAAACUUUUUUCCCCUCUUACCUGUAGUGCUGUUUAUCAGUCUAGAUUUUUUCAGCUGUAGAGAUGUCUGCCUUCUCUCCAAUAUAAUGGAACUAGAUGUCACUCAGCUUGUGAUGCUCAAUGCGCCAAAAAAUACAUUUGAAAAACUCAACAGCAAUGUCUCCUUUCAGAAACCAUGACCUAGUUACUGAAGAUAAUCCACAGAUCUUACUGUGAGCAGUUUUAUGUAGGAACUAUUUUCUUUCUACCGAACAACACCCACUAACCGUAUCACUACGGUAUCACAACCGUAUCGCGUCUCCCUUAGCUGAGCUGUAACGUUAGCUAGCUCAGUGAUGCUACGUGAGCUAGUGGUAGAUACAUGCUUACUACUUCUUCUCACACCAAAAUAAUCUAGACUGACAAAUAGCACUACAGGUAAGAGGUAAAAUAUGCUUUGAAUUUUGGGGUGAACUGUUCCUUUAACAGAACACAGACUACAACAAACCACAGAGAAACUCAGACUACAACACACACAGAGGUAGCGUGACUUUAGUCCCUACUCAGGACAUUACUCCACUGUACCUUCACCUCGCAAAUAGUGGUUAGCUGCUAUUAAUGCUCCACAAGUCACAUACAGAACAUUUAAUACCCACCAUUUGAUAGCCCUUUAAUCCAGGAUAGUUACUGAGUAACUAAGAAAAUGUGUUUCUGCUGUUGCUGACAAUCACUUGUACAACCCACCAUACAAGCAAGUGAAAUCCUCACACUACCACUGCCAAGGCUUGACAGUGACUCAAUCACCCAAAGGGAAAGAAAAUAUCAGUUUGUGUUAAAAUUACUUUUUAAUGUGUUUAGAGUAAGGAACAGACCUUUUACAACAUCCACAGCUUGUUACACACAACUCCUUCAAACAAAGGGAAUCACAAACCCCAACAUGUGCCUACAAAUCUUUGUGGGGGAACUUUCCAUGCAAGUUUAGAAACUAUUUUUCCCCAUAAGACCUUUUGUUUUGGCAAAAACAAACAAAAAAAAAGUUUCCAAAUGUUUCACAAGCAGUCAACAAGACCAAACAUGUCCAGUUGUGAAUGUCUAGCAAUAGUCAUUUCAC